UUUGAAAGUACAGACCGGAUUUUGUGCACCUUAUUCAAGUUAACUUGCCCUCGUUUCCACGAACGUCGUUUUACUGAACAAGGCUGAACAAGCGUGUUUUAUUUCAGUGCAGUCUGACAGCUUGGUGAACAAACUCGGUGCUUGGCCUUAGUUCAGCUCAGAACAGCCUCGCUCCCGCUGUCUUUUACAUUUUACCCGACACACGAAGCCGCGGCUACACUUCGCAUCGUCAGACUGGCAACUUUCUCUGAAACUGGCGUCUCUGGAGAAAGAGGUGGAAAGCUGUGCCACACAUCUCUGAUCAGGUGGGUGUGCUGACUCAUGGCUGGACUUGGACUGAGCGCUGUACAACGUCCCUACUCUGGCAUAGACAGACUCCAGUCUGGUGUUCAAAGUCUGCUGGGCUGUUUGACAACAUCGACCACUAUGUCACUGGUCCCAGCACCUGACAUGUUGCACUGAGUAGUGUCAAAGUAGAGUUAAGUAGGUUUAGUUGGACACAUCCAUCAUUCUGAUGGAGUUGACCAUGUGAACUCUUCAGUAACAUUAAAUUAGCCUGUCCUGUGUAGAUAGAUCAGCUCAGUGAACUUGACACCAGUGGGGAAAAAAUGACCGUAUCUUCAGCUCAUUUACCUUUUUCUCUGUUGACGACGUAGUAAGUCCAGUGAUACUUAGGUUCUCUGUAGUUGCGAUGGCUGCUUCCUUUCCAGAAAAGGAUCAGCUCCUCCUGCAGCUCCAGAAGGUGGACUCUAGUCGAGUUGGCAGUCGUGAGGUCCUCAGCUGCUCCUCUCCUGGUCUGUCCCUUGAAACCAGCCAGCCCAUCUGCAUCCCCUCCCCUUACACUGACCUCGGCCACGACUUCACCACCAUACCGUUCUACAAUCCGACUAUCUUCAGUUAUGCUGGUCCCAGCGUGUCAGACUGCACCUCUGUCCAUCAGUCACUGAGCCCCUCUUUAUUCUGGCCCAGCCACGGCCAUGUGGGCCCUCCCGUGUCCCCAUUCCGCUCCCCGGCCAGACCCCAGCACGGCCAGCCGAUUCAGAGUCCAUGGGUGGAGGCAACGUCACGGGACAGCGUCUUAACAGUCAGUAAGAGUGGGAGGAGGCGUUCCCAGGUGAGCGAGGAGGAGGUCGUGGUGUCAUCGGGCGGGAGGGCGGACUUCCACUACUGUGCAGUGUGUCACGAUUACGCCUCAGGCUACCACUACGGAGUGUGGUCGUGUGAAGGGUGUAAGGCCUUCUUCAAAAGGAGCAUCCAAGGACACAAUGACUACAUUUGCCCAGCAACCAAUCAGUGCACCAUAGACAAGAACCGCCGUAAGAGCUGCCAAGCAUGUCGCCUUCGCAAGUGCUAUGAAGUUGGCAUGACCAAGUGUGGGAUGCGAAAGGAGCGCGGAAGCUUGAGGAACUCCCAGACGAGGCGACUGACCCGUCUGUCCGCACAGAGCAGAACUGGUGGAUCAAAGCCUAAAACUGGACCAGCGGGCGCGCUGUUAAUCGAGCCCCACCCACCCUCUCUGACCCCAGAGCAGCUGAUCGAGCGAAUAAUGGAGGCAGAGCCGCCUGAGAUCUACCUCAUGAAGGACAUGAGGAGGCCGCUGUCCGAAGCAGACAUCAUGAUGUUGCUCACCAACCUGGCGGACAAGGAACUGGUUCACAUGAUCAGCUGGGCCAAGAAGAUUCCAGGGUUUGUUGAGCUCAACCUCCUGGACCAGGUGCACCUGUUGGAGUGCUGCUGGCUGGAGGUGCUGAUAAUCGGACUGAUGUGGAGGUCAGUGGACCAUCCAGGGAAGCUCAUCUUCUCACCUGACCUCAGCCUGAGCAGAGAAGAGGGCUGCUCCGUCCAGGGCUUCGUGGAGAUCUUUGAUAUGCUGAUAGCUGCCACGUCCAGGGUGCGAGAGCUCAAGCUGCAGAGGGAGGAGUAUGUCUGCCUCAAGGCCAUGAUCCUCCUCAACUCCAACAUGUGCCUCAACUCCUCCGAGGGGAACGAGGAGACGCAGAGUCGCUCUAAGCUGCUGCGACUUCUUGACGCUGUAACGGAUGCUCUGGUUGCCAUCGCCAAGACUGGCUUGACCUUCCGCCAGCAGUACACCCGCCUCGCCCACCUGCUCAUGUUGCUCUCACACAUCCGUCACGUCAGUAACAAAGGCAUGGACCACCUCCACUGCAUGAAAAUGAAGAACAUGGUGCCUUUGUAUGACCUGUUGCUGGAGAUGCUGGAUGCUCAUAUCAUGCACAGCUCCUGCCUGCCUGGCCGGGUCCCCCAGCGGGAGGGUCCCGCUCAGACCCACAGCGAUGGAAGUGGAGGUGAACCCCAGUAGUCGGAGCAGGAUUCAAUGAAUUUUCACUGCUUUGCACAGAACUAGUCCACAGGACUGAGCGCUUGAUUGUCUUUGACACUGUGCGCUAUUUCUGGUGAACUCAUUUUCUGUUAAAGCUAAAGAAAACAGACCGAACUUGCAGGAUUGGUUGCCUUACCAGCACAUAUUGAAAAGCCAGAACAAAAAGAACACUUGCAAAUGCCUUUGCACCAGUAGUUACUUAAAUGUUGUUGCAUGCCAUUUCAUUCUCUCAUUGCUACAGUCGACAUCAUAUGCUCAUUGUUUUGCAGAGGUUCGCAUGUAGGCGAAGAUAAAACGGUGGAAGUAGAACCCUGCCACGUUUGAAGGCGCUCUGACCACAUUUUGAGAGCACAAAGGCAGAGUUCUGUAAGCACAGAAUCAGAUUUGAGAGCUUAAUCCCGGCCAUGUGUGCACUCAAAUUUGAAUCUGCGCUUUCAGAUUUCUUCACUGGGGUUUGUGUGAAAGUCUGUUUGCACCAAGUUUUAAAAGUGCGCAAAAAAACGCGAGCACUGUUCAGUUUGCAUAUCAGACUGAAUCAUGAGCCUAACAGAUGAGUUGGAAGUUGAGCAGCAAGAAUCCUCCUACUCUUAAAUCUGAUUCGCAAACUGAAGAGCACUUGAAACUUCAUUUGUGCACUAUCAAAACUUUUUGCACAGACACACUUUCACACAAACCCCAGUGGAAAAAUCUGAGCAUAGAUUCAGAAAUGACUGCAUGCACUGAUUCUGCACUUUCAAAUGCUGAACUGCAAAGUGAGGAGCACUCAAUGUAGUUAGAGCACGCUCAAACGUUGUGGCGGGGAUUUACUUCCAUAUAAAAUGGUCCCCAAAAUAUGUAGGAGCACAUUAGAUUGACUAUUUUCACUAAUGUAACCCCUCUUUUGUAGUAAAGUCACUUCUUAGAACAGCUGUCGUCACCCUUACAUUCAGAUGUUACACAGAUUACCUAGUACGCUGCAGCUCUGACGGGUAAAAUUCAAGCGUUAUCAUGCACAGACUAGACGUCUUCAUGGGUCCACACAAAGACAGUGUAUUUUGGGUUAACUGGAAUUUAGUAAAGUUGGUCAAUUUGUAUUGUUCGCUAUUCAGUAGUAGAUCCCUCUUUUCCAGUAAGGCCACUGAUGUACUGGAAGCUACUGGAACAGAAGCUAGCUUUGAGGUAGCUAACAAAUGAGUAUUAUAAAAAAUGGAAUCAGGACCUAGUUCAUUUCUGCACUAGGUUCUGAUUCCAUCUGAAAUCUGACAGCUCGUUUGCAGUAACUCACCAGUCCUAGCUCCAUUGUCAAAGACGUGUUUUCUGUGAGGGAUCGUAACCACUAUUGCUCUUAAGACAAUGUUGCACUCAUACCUGCCAAGUUUUGCUCGAAGAAAAGGAAAAGACUAUUUUUGUAUCUUAGAACUUACUAGAAUAGCUGUUGUGCGCACAGCUUUGACAAUCAAACGCAGGCUUUGAAUAUAACCCCUCUCUGGAUGUCUGUGACACUUUAAAGGAGAAUGUUGUAUUUUCCCUAAAAGCGGCUGUUGCUACUCUGUUAUAGAAACCCAAUCCAUUGUACGCAUACGUGAAAUGCAGCUACUUCCUGAGUGGUUAGGGCAAGAUGAUAUAACACUGCUGUAAAUUGCUUCUACAACAAAUUUGGUAGGCAGCACAGUGGCUAAAUGGUGAUUGUGUGGCUAGUGCUAAUUGUGCUAUCACCGUCUCUGUUAUAGAGAUUCGGGUAAACGAAGUCGUCUUAAGCGUGCUCAGAAUAACCAUGAUUUCAAUCAAAUCUAUCACACUUACACUGGCCACUUUAUUAGGUACACCUGUACAAUUGUAUGCACUUCAAUGCAAC